UGUUGCACUCAAAACAUCGAUCAGCUCCACAAACGGGCUGGCUUGUCGACCGGCCUUGGGGACGAGGUGCAAUGCGUGCCACUCCACGGAACUAUCGACGUGCUACGCUGCACCUCUUGCUGCAAAACUUUCCAGUGGACAGAUCAGGAGGAUAGCGUUAUCGCUGGCCAAGACCCCCGCUGCCCUGGUUGCCCGGAUGCUCCCCGAAAAGCUGAGGCCCCCCCACGGCGAUCGAGCACCAUUGGGUGGUUGCGGCCUAAUAUAGUCUGCCUAGAGGAAGUACAUCCGCAAGGUGAGGACAUCGCGGACGUCAUCAAACGUGACAUAUCCGCCCGCCCCGAUAUGUUCUUGGUCCUUGGAACGAGCCUCAAGCUGAGUGGACCGUGGGAUCUGGUCAGGGGGUUUGCUAGGACGGUGAGAGCGGAUGGCGGCAAGGUGAUCUUCGUCAACCGUACUAAGGCAUCUCAGCGAGGAUGCAACGGAGUUUUUGACUAUUGGAUUGAGUGGGAGUGCGAUAGUUGGGUAGGGGAUUUGAUAAGGAGGGGGGGCUUCUCUUGUAGCCUGGUGGUAGGUUCUGUUCCAACACGACCACGUACGACUCUCGGGGGGCACGUAUCGAAGCAGCAGAAGAGGAGGCAGGGGAAAGAGUCCGUAGAUAGACCGGGUUCCAGUUUCAACAAUCCUAUUGUACUAGAUUAA